UGCGCAGUCUGCCUCGGAAGGCACUCGCAUCGCACCAUCGAGUGCUCGGCCACACAGACAUCGGACAAGCAGUUCAGCACCUUUUCGGAACGCAUCCGCAAGGGCCUAUGGACCAUAUAUGGGAAACAGCUCUGUACCGCGUGGCAGAGAGAAGAAGGAUGCACAACCCCAAAACACGAUCCAGCGUGCUUACAUGUGCGUCACAUCUGCUCAGGCUGCGGAGCAACCACGCAUGGAGCCCAAAAAUGCUCCAGAGCACAGAAAGUAUAUCCUGUUGACUCCGUAUAA